CAUACGUGACCCUAUACACAUAUCUAUCCCCUUACAUAUUCCUCUAGCUAAUCAACGUCUUUCCCCAGACACUCCUCUGUAUCUAACCAGUCACUCAAAUUAUCUAGCUUUAUCUCCAGACUUACCUUUCCUCCAUCUUUCCCUGUACCCCUUAUAUAGCUAGUCGCAGACAUCUCUCUCCUCUGUCCCCCUCCUGAUCCUCAGACAGAUUUGCCACCCUGGCUAGAGCGAUGAAGUUUUAUAAAAAGCCCAAAUCCCUUCCUUUUCCAGGAGCAGAUUUAACUGGCUUGCAAGAAUCAUCUCACCCCGGCCCUAGCCUCCAAGUCCUGGGCCUGCCUCUCUCUUCCUGGCUGCAGAGUGAAUCUGAUUUGAUGGUGCCAUUUUCCAAUGAACCCACCCCAGCUGUGUGAGUGUGAAUCUAGCGGAAAUCCCUGCCUUCCCAUGCCCGGAUACUGCCUGCAAAAGCUUUUCCCACUCUGAGCAGAGAGAGAAGCAGGGGAGGAAAUAUGCAGCGGGGGAAGCCAGACGGAUUUUGCACAGCUGCAGACAUGUCUCUCCGUCUUCUCUCCUAGCUGCUGGGGGGGUGCGGAUGGUUUGGCAUUGGGGGCUUGAGUUGCUCAGUUCAGGGACUAAAAAUCCUGGUUUUUUUUUGUCCCCCCCCACCUUCCCCUUCUGGCUGUGGGAGUUGGUCAGUUUCGCAAGAGGAAAUCGACUAAAGGCACAGACCCAGCCAGCAUGUGGGCCCGACGCCUUACUCCCGGGCCGCGUCUCUAGCAGGGCCAGGGGGCCCCCCCGCCGGUGCAGCCAUGCCGCCGCGGCCGUCAUCCGGGGAGCUGUGGGGGCUGCAUCUCAUGCCCCCCCGGAUCAUGGUGGAUUGCUGCCUCCCCAACGGCAUGCUGGUCACCCUGGAGUGCCUGCGCGAGGCCGCGCUGCUGGGCAUCAAACACGAGCUCUUCCGAGAGGCCCGGAAAUACCCCCUCUUCCACCUGCUGCAGGACGAAUCCUCCUACAUCUUCGUGGGGGUGACCCAGGAGGCCGAGCGGGAGGAGUUCUUCGACGAGUCCCGGCGGCUGUGUGACCUGCGGCUCUUCCAGCCCAUCCUCAAGGUCAUCGAGCCGGUCGGCAACCGGGAGGAGAAAAUCCUCAACCGGGAGAUUGGCUUCGCCAUCGGGAUGCCCAUCUGCGAGUUUGAGCUGGUGAAGGACCCCGAGGUGCAAGAUUUCCGCCGCUCCAUCCUGGCCGUGUGCCGCGAGGCCGUGGAGACGCGGGAGGCCGGCGGGCCCCACAGCCAGGCCCUCUACGUCUACCCCCCCAACGUGGAGUCCAGCCCUGAGCUGCCCAAACACGUCUACAGCAAGCUGGACAAGGGCCGGCUGAUGGUGGCCGUGUGGGUGAUCGUCUCGCCCCACCUGGACAAGCAGAAAUACACCCUGGCGGCCCCGCACGACGCGCUGCCCGGCCAGGUGAUCGCCGACGCCAUCCGCAAACGCAGCCGCAGCCUGCACCUGGCGCCCGAGCAGCUGCAGCGCUGCCUGCAGGAGUACCAGGGCCAGUACCUCCUCAAGGUGUGCGGCGCCGACGAGUACCUGCUGCAGGAGUGCCCGCUCAGCCAGUACAAGUACAUGAGGAACUGCAUCGCCGUGGGGCGCCUGCCCCACCUCAUGCUCAUGUCCAAGGAGAGUCUGUACAGCCAGCUGCCGGCCAACGUCUUCCUGCUGCCCUCCUACGCCCGCCGGGCCGGCCCCGGCGCCCACACCAACGGGGACCUGCCCGCCACCUCCCUCUGGUCCGUCCCCAGCUUGCUGAGCAUCCGCGUGCUGUGUGCGACCUACGUCAACGUCAACGUCCGCGACAUCGACAAGAUCUACGUCCGGACGGGGAUUUACCACGGCGGGGAGCCCCUCUGCGACAACGUCAACACCCAGCGUGUUCCCUGCUCCAACCCCAGGUGGAACGAAUGGCUCUCGUACGACAUCUACCUCGCCGACCUGCCCCGUGCCGCCCGCCUCUGCCUCUCCAUCUGCUCCGUCAAGGGCCGCAAGGGGGCGAAAGAGGAACACUGCCCCCUGGCGUGGGGGAACGUCAAUCUCUUUGAUUACAAAGAUACCUUGGUGGCUGGGAAGAUGGCGCUGAACCUGUGGCCGGUGCCCCACGGCCUGGAGGACUUACUGAACCCCAUUGGUGUGGGGGGCUCGAACCCCAACAAGGAGACCCCCUGCCUGGAGCUCGAGUUUACCUGGUUCAGCCACGCGGUGAAGUUCGCCGACGAGGCGCAGAUCGAGGAUCACGCGAACCGGAGCAUGUCGCGGGAGCUGGGCCUCAACUGCUGCCUCACGGGGCUGAGCAACCGCCUGGCCCGGGACAGCAGCCUGCUGGAGAACGAACUGGAGCAACUCCGCAGCAUCUGCCACCGCGACCCCCUGUCGGAGAUCACCGAGCAGGAGAAAGACUUCCUCUGGAGGCACCGCCAUUACUGCGUGAACAUCCCAGAGACGCUGCCCAAGCUGCUGCUGUCCGUCAAGUGGAAUUCGCGGGACGAGGUGGCUCAGAUGUACUGCCUGCUGCGGGAAUGGCCCCUCAUCGCGCCGGAGCUGGCCAUGGAGCUGCUGGACUGCAACUUCCCCGACCCCCGGGUGCGGGAGUUCGCCCUCCAGUGCCUGGCCCAGGGGCUGACGGACGACAAGCUGAGCCAGUACCUCAUCCAGCUGGUGCAGGUUCUGAAGUACGAGCAAUACCUGGACAACCCGCUGGCCCGGUUCCUGCUCCGCAAGGCUCUGACCAACCAGCGCAUCGGCCACUUCUACUUCUGGCACCUCAAGUCGGAGAUGCACAGCAGGACGGUGAGCCGGCGCUUCGGGCUGAUGCUGGAGGCGUUCUGCCGGGGCUGCGGGAUGUACCUGAAACACCUCAACCGGCAGGUGGAGGCGAUGGAGAAACUCAUCAACCUGACGGACACCCUGCGGCAGGAGAAGAGAGACGAGACCCCGAAGAUGCAGAUGAAGUUCCUGGUGGAGCAGAUGAGACGCCCAGAUUACAUGGAAGCUCUGCAGGGCUUCGUCUGCCCCCUGAACCCCGUCCACCAGCUGGGCAACGUCCGGCUGGACGAAUGCAGGAUCAUGUCAUCGGCCAAGCGGCCGCUCUGGCUGAACUGGGAGAAUCCGGACAUCAUGUCGGAGCUGCUCUUCACCAACCACGAGAUCAUCUUCAAGAAUGGGGAUGACCUCCGGCAGGACAUGCUGACGCUGCAGAUCAUCCGGAUCAUGGAGAAUAUGUGGCAGAACCAAGGACUGGACCUUCGGAUGCUGCCCUACGGCUGCCUGUCCAUCGGGGACUGCGUGGGGCUGAUCGAGGUGGUGAAGAGCUCCCACACCAUCAUGCAGAUCCAGUGCAAGGGCGGCCUGAAGGGGGCGCUGCAGUUUAACAGCCACGCCCUGCACCACUGGCUGAAGGACAAGAACAAGGGGGACAGUUACGACGCGGCCAUCGACCUCUUCACCCGCUCGUGCGCCGGGUACUGCGUGGCCACCUUCGUUCUGGGCAUCGGCGACCGUCACAACAGCAACAUCAUGGUGAAGGACGACGGGCAGCUCUUCCACAUCGACUUCGGCCACUUCCUGGACCACAAGAAGAAGAAGUUCGGCUACAAGCGGGAGCGGGUUCCCUUCGUCCUCACCCAGGACUUCCUCCUCGUCAUCAGCAAAGGGGUGCCGGAGUGCACCAAGACCAAGGAGUUCGAGAGGUUCCAGGAGAUGUGCUACACAGCCUACCUGGCCAUCCGGCACCACGCCAACCUGCUGAUCAGCCUGUUCUCGCUGAUGCUGAGCUCGGGGCUGCCGGAGCUGCAGUCCUUUGACGACAUCGCCUACCUGCGCAAGACGCUGGCGCUCGACAAGUCGGAGCCGGAGGCGCUCGAGUACUUCACCAAGCAGAUGAACGAAGCCCACCACGGCGGCUGGACCACCAAGAUGGACUGGAUCUUCCACACCAUCCGCCACAUGCCCCUCAGCGAGGCCGGGCACGACUGAGGGGCCCCGCCCCCCCGCUCGGGGCCCCGCCCCCUCUGCUCGGGGCCCCGCCCUUCCUGGGGGCUCAUGUCCGACCCGCCACCCGACCCUCGCUUCUUGGGCGUGUGGCUGAGGCCGGGGCCAUGCUGGAGGGGGAUGGGCCGUGAGCGACACGGGACGACGGGGGGCAGGGUGUCUCCCCCUUGGAGGGGGGGGUGUCCCAGGAGCACAGGCCCCGCCCUCCUUGCCUGGGCUCUGUUGCUCCUCCCCCGGGGGGAGGACCCAUCAGCCCCUCCCAUCCUUGGGCGGGGUGGGCGUAGAGACUCAUGCCUGCGAGGGGCAGAGGGUGUGGCCAAGCACUUAAGCCCCGCCCCCUUGGGCGGGGCCUGAGGUGAGUCCCACCCCUUCUGGGUGUGCCCAGGGGAAGGGGGCCUUCCAGCUCCAUCCUUUUCACAGGAGGAAGUGAGGGGUGGGGUCAAAUCCAUUGUGCCCCUCCCCUCAGGGGGGAGGGCAGAAGCCGGAGAGCCUUAAGCCCCUCCCCCUGUGGGGCGGGGACUGCACUGAGGGGGCGGGGCAAAGAGGGGGUGGACCGUCCCCCGGAGAUUCCUGCUGGUUGCGGGGGCUGGAGGGGAGUCCUGCCCCCUUGACCUCUGACCCCCUUGGUCAUAAGGGGGGGCAGUCAAAGGGGCAACAGCUUGGGUCCCCCUCCCCCGAAAUCCUCCAAUGCACCUGAGCACCCAGACCCCGCCCCCUCUGAUACUUGAAUCCUGCCCCCCCCCCCCCCCAAUCUGCCGGGGGUGGGGCAGAUACUUGAAAUUUUUGCCUGGAGAAUUUUUUUGUUCUUGUUGCAAAAAUACAAUUUUUUAAAAAGCCC